UUAGUGCUGAUGAAAAUAGAAUGCACAAUUUUUUGUAAUAUUGAAUUAAGCUUAUGAAAGAACAUAGCAUCCAAAUACAGAUGGGGCUGCAUGCAAUCAACAUUCAAAUAUUGUCAUAGAUAGUAUACACAGGUUGUAUUGUAGGCAGCAGUAAUUUAUUAUAUAGAAAUAGUAGUAAACGAUGUGAAACCCUAGAUAGCUGGCAUAUCUAUCGAGCGGAAAUUGUAAGCGGUGUUGCUGGAAACAUCCAGUGGGAAGCCCGAAAUCUGAAAAAUAAUUUUGCCAAAAGUUUUGUGCGGAUGAAAUGAAUUUGCAGAAAUGGACUGAAUUUAGCUUCUUUUUGCAAGCGUACAAGAGAGUUUUGGGGCGCUGAGGUUUAUUUGGCUCUGUUUAAGUGUUUUUUUUCGCUGCUGAAAUUUAUAUUUAGCCGCCUUUAAGUGAUUAUUGGUGGUGUAAACUUGAAUCCAGGGCAAGGAACUGGUUUGACGGCUAUGUAAACAAAUCAUUCGCUUGUUCAAGUGAUAUAACCAUUGAAUGAGAGGGUUUUAGAAUUUAGGUAUGAUCAAGGAUCGAGCGGGUUGUAGUGUAAACUUUGGAGCUGCUUAAGCCAUCAGGGGUUGUUAGUGUCCAAAUUUUGAGCUGUUUGAGACAUGAGGUGAAUUUUGGAUUCAAUUUAGGCCAGUUUAAGGAACGAGGGGAUAAUAGUGUAGAAAUCAGGACUGUUAAGGAACUUAUAUCAAAUUCAGGGCUGUUUAAAGAACAAGGGGGUAAUACUGUAGAUAUCGGGACUGUUUAAGGAAUUUAUAUUAAUUUCAGGUCUGUUCAAGGAAGGAGGGAUUUUGCUGUUAAAUUCAGGUCUGUUUGAGUUACGAGAGGACAUAAGUGUUAAAUUAAGGUCUGUUCAAGGGAUUUUAGUGGCUAGGGAGUCUUCUUAUCUAAGAUGCCGGACAAGUUGCACUACAAGAUUGGUUAUGCUUUAACCGAGAAGAAGCGACAGAGUUUUCUGCUGCCAUCUUUGGUAGAAUUCGCUCAAUCAAGAGGCAUUGAUCUCGUUGCCAUUGAUUCCACCACUCCUCUUUUGGACCAGGGACCUUUCGAUGCUAUUUUGCACAAAUUGCAUGACAAACAAUGGAUUGACCAACUCAAGGAGUAUUGUGAAAAAUAUCCCCAUGUGAUGGUAAUAGACCCUCCUGAGGCCAUUGAAAAGGUGCAUAACCGCAUUUCCAUGCUACAAGGGGUAGAAAAACUGAAAAUCACGGAGGGAAACGAAACUGUGGCUGUUCCCGUGCAGAUUGUUGUGGAGAAGCCAGAAGAGCUUACCAAUUCGGAAAUACUGGAAGAAUUGAAGUUUCCUGUUAUUGCCAAGCCCCUGGUAGCAGAUGGAAGUGCCAUUUCUCAUUCCAUGUCACUUGUAUUUAACUCUAAGGGUUUGAAAAGCUUGAAGCCACCGCUUGUUCUUCAAGAGUUUGUGAACCACAGUGGGGUGAUCUUUAAGGUGUACGUUGUUGGUGAUUUUGUUGAGUGUGUAAAGAGAAAAUCUUUGCGUGAUGUUUCUCAUGAGGAGAUGCAAAGCUCUGUUGAGGGUCUUAUUCUUUUUUCACAAAUAUCGAACACAGCUGCGGAGAAUUAUGAUGAAGGUACUGAGAUUGAGCAGGCCGAGUUGCCCCCAGCUAAAUUUAUCGAAGAUCUUGCAAGAGGUUUGCGUGAUGUAUUGGGCUUAAGUUUGUUUAAUUUUGAUCUAAUCAGAGAUAGUAAGGCUGGAAAUCAGUACUUUAUGAUAGACAUUAACUAUUUUCCAGGCUAUGCUAAGAUGCCAGCUUACGAGGCUGUAUUAACAAAUUUUUUCUGGAAUUUGUUUCAUGAGAAACAUGAAACUUCUGGAAAAGAAGUUGCUUUGGGAGGCGAAGAAAUUGAGAACAAGAUACCUGUUGGGGAGUGAAUUAAAGACAUCGUAAAUGAUGAGAAGCAAAAGUUUUUCUUCACUGUGGACACGGCAUAAGAAAGCAGUGUGGGUGAUGGGGUUACCAUCUUGGCAAUAGAUGUUGAAUAAAGUUCUUUGCAGAGGAUAUUCAUUUUGUGUUUUUUGGAUUCAGUUUUCCAAAUGCAUGCUGCAAAGAGAAUUCAACUAGAUCUAUGUCAUUGGGAUUUGUUUUCUGUAAAAGAUCAACCAUGAAAGCUAGUUGAAACUUUUCUUUUCUUCACAUUGGAAGAAUUUUUGUGGCUUAUGGGUGCUCCUUUGGUGGAAGCUGGCAACUAUUACCAUCUCUAGAUUUGUAUUAUUUAUUUUUGAAAUAUAUUUGAUGUUUGACCA